AUGGCCUCUUUUGGAUAUUUCCUGUUUCUUUGUGGGUUGAGUCAGGCUCUGUCAAGUUACCCAAUCUGGUGGUCCCUGGCCAUUGGUCACCAGUACUCGUCCCUGGGGACCCAGCCCAUCCUGUGUGGGAGCAUCCCGGGGCUGGUGCCCAAGCAGCUGCGCUUCUGCAGGAACUACGUGGAGAUCAUGCCCAGCGUGGCAGAGGGGGUGAAGAUUGGCAUCCAGGAGUGCCAGCACCAGUUCCGAGGGAGGAGGUGGAACUGCACCACUGUCAACGACAGCUUGGCCAUCUUUGGGCCCGUGCUGGAUAAAGCCACCAGGGAGUCGGCCUUCGUCCACGCCAUCGCCUCCGCCGGGGUGGCUUUCGCUGUCACCAGGUCCUGUGCCGAGGGCUCGGCCACCAUCUGCGGGUGUGACACGCGCCACAAGGGCUCUCCUGGCGAGGGCUGGAAGUGGGGAGGCUGCAGUGAGGACGUGGAGUUCGGCAGCAUGGUGUCCCGGGAGUUCGCGGACGCGCGGGAGAACCGGCCCGACGCGCGCUCGGCCAUGAACCGGCACAACAACGAGGCUGGAAGGACGUCCAUCAUUGAGCUGAUGCACCUCAAGUGCAAGUGCCACGGGCUCUCGGGCAGCUGUGAGGUGAAGACCUGCUGGUGGUCCCAGCCCGACUUCAGGGUCAUCGGCGACUACCUCAAGGACAAGUACGACAGCGCGUCCGAGAUGGUGGUGGAGAAACACCGGGAAUCCCGCGGCUGGGUGGAGACCCUGCGGCCCAAAUACAACUUCUUCAAGGCCCCCACUGAGAAGGACCUGGUCUACUACGAGAACUCGCCAAACUUUUGCGAGCCCAACCCCGAGACAGGCUCCUUCGGGACCCGCGACAGGAUCUGCAACGUCACCUCCCACGGCAUCGACGGCUGUGACCUCCUGUGCUGCGGCCGCGGGCACAACACGAGGACUGAGAAAAGGAAAGAGAAGUGUCACUGUAUCUUCCACUGGUGCUGCUACGUCCGCUGCCAGGAGUGCAUACGAGUCUACGACGUCCACACGUGCAAAUAAAUCAGGCGUAAAAACCCCCCUUGGCCGGGCUCCGAGUGGAGAAAUGGAUUUUUUGAGCCUACUUCCUCUGAGGUUGCAGACGUGAGA